AUGAGUGGAAGAGGAAAGGGCAGUGGGAAAGGUCGCGCCAAGGCGAAGUCUCGGUCGUCCCGGGCUGGCCUGCAGUUCCCGGUGGGCCGUGUUCACAGGCACCUGAGAAAGGGUAACUAUGCUGAGCGUGUGGGUGCCGGAGCGCCGGUCUAUCUGGCUGCGGUGCUGGAGUAUCUGACGGCUGAAAUCCUGGAGCUGGCCGGCAACGCGGCCCGGGACAACAAGAAGACCCGCAUCAUCCCCAGGCACCUGCAGCUGGCCGUGCGCAACGACGAGGAGCUCAACAAGCUGCUGGGAGGGGUGACCAUCGCUCAGGGCGGGGUGCUGCCUAAUAUCCAGGCCGUGCUGCUGCCCAAGAAAUCCGCCGCUGCUGGAUCUGCUAAAAAGUGAAGAGACCAUUCUU